AAGCCCGGAUGCGCUCAGGCGGAGGUUGCACCGGGCUCUCCAGUGGUCUUCGCACCACCUUCUCUACUCAGCGCCACAUCCAUGUCGCGUUUUCCCAGCAGCCUCAGCUGUGUACCACUGUGUCUCCGGGGACGAACGCUCUACCGCUAGUGCUAGCACCACUACCCCCAUGCCUGGCUACAUCAGGAGGAGAUGUCUUAGAGAGAGAGAGAGAAUGAUAGGGAGGGAGAGAGAGAGAUCACUGUACCGUACAAUAUCGGUUCUUAAUGUUCAAGGCACUCCCUCCUUUUGUCCCUUGCUGCACAUUAGUUCCUCCAAAAAAAAGCAGUCGACAGAGGAGGAGAGGCGUCAGAAAGAGAGAGAAACAGGGAAUUAAAUAGGCACAGAAAAAUAGGCAACACUGACAGCUGUAGCAACUGUGCUACAGGGAGGGAGGAGGGGGAGGCAGGCAGAGAGAGAGGAAAUAAUUAAAUAAAUCACUGAGAGAAGAAGAGCGACGUCGGGGAGAGAGGACAGCGAGAGAGGAGGGGAUGUAGCUACGUUUCCUUGCCGGUUUGACGUACACACCAGCCAGGAUAAUGUGCUGAAGGAGGCAGAAAGAAACGGAGGAAGGACACAGAAUCGAUCUACCGCCGCGGGGCCAGAAGAUGGAGGAAGCUCUACCGAGUCAACGGACACCUCUUCCAGGCCAAGCGCUUUAACAGGAAAGCGUACUGUGGCCACUGCAGUGAAAGGAUAUGGGGGCUGGGGAGGCAGGGCUACAAGUGUAUCAACUGCAAACUGCUGGUCCAUAAGCGCUGUCACACACUUGUCCCUCUGACCUGCCAAAGGCAUAUGGAGCCAGUCAUGCCAUCACAGGAGCCCCCUUUAGAUGAGAAGAGUGAAGAGGUGGACCUCCUCCCUCAAGACACAGAGGAUACAGAUGGAAUACCUUUCCUACCACACAAUUGCAAGAUGGACAAAGUUGAAGAGGACUCAGAGGAUAUCAAAGCAGUGGUGGAUGGGAUCGAAGGCAUCAAGAUCUCCCAGGGGCUGGCACUGGGCUUGGGGGACUUCGACUUGAUCCGGGUGAUCGGCCGUGGCAGCUACGCUAAGGUGCUGCUGGUGCGACUCAAGAAGAACGAACAGAUAUACGCCAUGAAGGUGGUCAAGAAGGAACUGGUGCACGACGACGAGGACAUUGACUGGGUGCAGACAGAGAAGCACGUGUUUGAGCAGGCGUCUACCAAUCCGUUCUUAGUGGGCCUUCACUCUUGCUUUCAGACAGAGAGCCGAUUAUUUCUCGUGAUCGAGUACGUCAACGGAGGAGAUCUGAUGUUUCAUAUGCAACGGCAACGGAAACUACCAGAAGAACACGCAAGAUUCUAUGCUGCUGAAAUUUGUAUCGCUCUGAAUUUCCUGCAUGAAAAGGGAAUCCUCUACCGAGAUUUGAAACUGGACAAUGUUCUCUUGGAUCACGAGGGACACAUCAAGCUGACAGACUACGGGAUGUGCAAGGAGGGCAUCAGACCAGGAGACACCACCAGUACAUUCUGUGGAACCCCCAACUACAUAGCCCCCGAGAUUCUCAGAGGGGAAGACUACGGGUUCAGUGUUGACUGGUGGGCGUUAGGUGUGCUCAUGUUUGAGAUGAUGGCUGGGAGGUCCCCUUUCGACAUCAUCACUGACAAUCCUGACAUGAACACAGAGGAGUACCUCUUCCAAGUUAUUCUCGAAAAGCCCAUUCGCAUCCCAAGGUCUCUGUCGGUGAAGGCUGCCAGCGUGCUGAAGGGCUUUUUAAACAAGGACCCCAAAGAGCGGCUGGGUUGCCAGGUCCAAACGGGCUUCUCUGACAUCAAGUCGCACACGUUUUUCCGCAGUAUAGACUGGGACCAGUUGGAGAAGAAACAGAUGGCCCCGCCCUUCAAGCCCCAGAUCGCAGACGACUAUGGCCUGGAGAACUUUGACACCCAGUUCACUAACGAACCAGUGCAGCUAACACCAGACGACGAGGACGUCAUCAAGAGAAUAGACCAGUCAGAGUUUGAGGGAUUUGAAUACAUCAACCCUCUGCUGCUAUCCGCAGAGGAGUCUGUAUGAGGGAGAAGAGACCUCUUCUCCCACCUGUGUCUGUCCACCCCCCACCCCCCUCUCAGCCAAAUCUAUGAACAACUCCCUCUGGGAUGGAGGGAGGACAAGAAACUCCCGGCUUUGCACGAGGUUCGAGGACACGAGUGCGAAAAUUUUACUUUUUUUUCUUUGUGGAUCCCACAUAAUGCAUUGCAUUAUUUUGUCACCUGGGGAAAACUCUUUGGAGGUGGACAACAUAAAAAAGGACACAGGAACAUUCCCAAAACUUGGUUGUUGAUUGUCUUCACGUUUUUUGUUUGUUUCCCCAACAACUCCAUCUCUGUGUCAGCAGGACGGCUGGCUAUGUCAUUUCAAAAACAGAAAGCGACUUCAUUCUGUGCCUGCCAUGGUAAAACAGAUGACAGUCCCGCCCCUCGCAUCCCUGGUUGGAAUAUGACAGUUCUACGACUAGAACUUGAAGUUAUGUGCAUUUUGUUUUGUUUAUUCGUUUUUUUUUGUUUUUUUUACUUGUAGGAGGCUCCGCUGCCUCGAGCAAAAUAAGAAUGUACAAUGACGAAGGGAAAAAAUGAUGAUACAAGUUAUUGUGUAUUAUAAUGUAGGUAGCAACUCCAAAUUGAUGAUGCCUUUCUAUUGAUGCAAAGUGGCACGUUUUAUUCAUGACCAUGAACUUUCUUUUUGUUUGUUUUCCUCAGCAUUGAUUUUCAUUAACAGAAAAAAAACUGAGACGAAAGUUUAUUUUUAUUUAAGAAGUGCCUCAAAGAUCCAAUCUACACCAUGUUUCUGAUUGCACUUACCGAUUGUUCCAAUACCUUUCAGCUGCCUGGUGGGUUGGUCAGUUGGUGAAGAAAGCCAGUGGAACACAUCGCGCAUAAAGACCAAGGGCCUCAUUUCUAAAGGGUUUUUGUGCACAGAUUUUAUUGUAAAUUGCGCAUACACGUAAAUGUAAAUUAUGCCAAUGUUUUAAGAGUUAAAUCUUUAACAACCUUGAGCUUGACAAGAAAAUAUGCAGUAGGAAGCAUUUUUGUAGAUCACCCAAUACCCUGAUAGCACAAAGAGGCAAACUAUCAUCUGUCGGUCAACAGAAUUUUGAACGAGAGUGCAUCGUCCUCAGCACUGAAGUAUGGGCAACUGUAAGUCUGUAUACUUCAAACUUGAGAAGUCUGUUGCCAUAGUCCUUUACCAUUCACAGCAUAUUAAAAUGUAGAUGCUGAGUGAAAGCUGUUUAAUGGGGAAAUAUUUUUAAAGAACCACUGAACACGCUGUUUGGCACGUGUGUUUUUCUGUUGCUCAUUAGAAAAACGAGAUAUCAGUCUUGGCGGUGUGUUUCCUGACCGAUUCUACGUUUGGGGAAGGAUGUUUAUCCCCAUGAGACACUGCAGCCUAGUUCCCUUCCUCAAAAUCCCCAGAAUUAAUCUAAGAUAACUAAAGAAAUCUGUAAUUAAUGUUGAUGUUUGUGAAGAGGAUGUUUUAGUUGUGCAACUUUACAUCCAUUACAUCCAUUUUACAUUUUGGGCAGUAUUUCUGAAGUAAAGAAAUGUGCGACAUGUUGUCUUAAAUAAACAAAGUCAGAGCUGCUGGGCAGGUCUGUCUCACUGUC